CAUCACCGAUGAAUGAUGAUGCAUCACUAAUCACUAUUCGCUAGAUUUACUACUAUCAAUAGAUCCUCGAAAUUCAACCAAUCGCCAUCUCGCUUUUGAACAAUCUGCCGCCUGACCAUCCUGACUUGACUUACUAAAAGUGUGGUUAUUACAUGGUUAUGGACUUGGGUCUGUUUGUGAUAUUGUGUCCUGUGUCGUCAAGUAGACAAGCUAAAAGUGAAGAGUGAAGAAAAAUAUUGCCAUCUUCUUAUUAGAAUUAAUAAGUUUUUUUUAUCAAAAAUACGUUAAAAAAUAACAAUUUAUUAGUUCUUUGUGAAUCACACAAUUUUUGUAAACAAUAACGAAGUUUAAUAAAAAAAAGUUCUAACCUAUCAAAGUUGUCAAGUGACGAUUUUUUUGGUAUAAAAGCUACCAAAUAAAUAAAGAUUGGCAACGUGUCAUUUAUCAUAAUAGAUAAAAUGAACAGAAACGCUCUGAAUUACUUUCAAACGUUCUUUUUAAUAAUUUCAGUCAAUCUAGCAGUAGUAUCUACAGAAUUCACGGCAGAGGAUUGCAAGCUUAUAGGAUUUAACAAAGCUAAUUUAUUAUGCUCAACAUGUGAAAAAUUCAAAGACUUUAACCUUGCAGAUCUCUAUUACACUAGGUGUAAAGAAUGUUGCUUAAAAGAUGAAGGUGACAGUUCCGCAUCAAAGCGUUAUCCAAAAGCUGUGCUUGAAGUAUGCACUUGUAAAUUUGGAGCAUAUCCCCAAAUACAAGCAUUUAUUAAAAGUGAUAGGCCUACUAAAUACAAGAAUUUACAAAUAAGAUAUGUAAGAGGAUUGGAUCCAAUAAUUAAAUUGUAUGAUGCUGAAAAUAAAGUAGAAGAUGUUCUUGAUAUCCAUAAAUGGGACACAGAUUCUGUAGAUGAAUUUCUAGCAACCCAUCUCUUAAUAGAUUAAUAAUGACAGGGAAUU